ACACUUCAUAGUUUGGGAAUUUCCAGAACGUACCGCAAGGAGUUUAUGACGAAUAUAAAGCUAACCAUUGCCUUUAUAAUGAUAGAUAUUAUACUGCAUGCAGUUACUUCUUAUUUAUUUCUCUUCAACCUGAAUCUAUUAGAGGCCGUAGCCGUAGCCUCCUUUUUCAACUAUCCCUUUCAGAUUAGUCUUGCUUUGGAUCUCGUUUUUAUAACGAAUAACGGGCUUAUAUCCACGAGAUUGAAGAAGAUGAACAUUUUUAUGGAGGAUACGAUAAAGACAGUGAUGGAGCCAGUGAAUACGUGGAAAUUUAAUAGUCAAACAGACAGUAGAGUCACCAAAAUAAAAAUAAUUAAUUCCGAUCUGAUACGUUUAAAAUUUAUAAGUUCUGCGGUGCAGGCGAUACGGCAAGCUCACCAAGAACUAUGUGACAUCGCACGGGAAUUAAACGAACAACUUAGUGUCCAAGUUACCGUCGAGAUGGCGGGAUGCUUCGGAUUGUUUACAGGAUUACUUUAUAAUCUCUACGUGACACUAGUCAGCCACCAUGAUUCAAUAAUCGCAAAGGUGAAUUCUGUCGUUAGUUUGAGUUUGUGGUCGCUCGUCUAUAUAGGAAAGGUCUUCUUCAUAAAUCGAUCUUGCGCUAUUGCCGUCGUUGAGGCUAAGAAAAUCGGUGAGAUUAUUCAUGAACUUGACAGUCCCAUAAUAAAUGAUGAAUUACGGAACGAGGUACAUCAAUUCGCGCUUCAGAUGGUACAGAAUCCUUUGAUAUUCACAGGAUGCGGAUUCUUCUCUUUGAAUUAUUCAUUUGUACAGUCUUUCGUUGGUUCGGUGACGACAUAUUUGGUAAUAUUGAUACAAAUGAGUAAAAUACCAUCGAAACCGGAUGUGCCGACCGAGCUAUCAACGAUUUAUGAAAAUUCAACAGAAUGGUGGUAAGAAGAUAAUUGAUACGUUUUCACAGGACGAGAUUUAAGCGGGAUUCACCAAUGACGUGCGCGAAGAAGACAAACGAUGAAUAAAAAAUGCCGGUCGAUAUUUAACGAUUUACAAUUUAUCAUUGUCACUAUACAGGGUUAUUCAGGCCCAACCAAAAAGCUGAAGUUAGCUUGCCCAUUUAAUUUCUAUGGUAGAACCACCUACGGGCAGUACAUUUGUGUAACCCUGAAUAAUUCUGUAUACUGGAAUGCGUACGUAUUUUUUGAUGCCAUCAUCUAUAUUAAUUAUAAAUAAUUAGUCGUGUCAACUUUUAAAAAAGUGACAGCGCACAAAGUGUACGAUAUUAGGUCAAUUAGUUUAAUUGGAGAUACGAUAAAUGCUAAAAGACUAGAAAAGAACAAGGAUUAAGAAAAGGAGAGAGUGAGAGAAAGAGAUGGCCAAUAUUUCGUUAUGCGUAAUAAUGUACCUGGAACAGGGAACUUUAUAAAUUAGGACAGCAUGGAGUACGAGAGGGCGCAAUGAUAUAGAUCACCUGUACACUUUAUCUAAUGACAAUAGAAAAUAUAUUGAGGUACGUGGCGUGAUGUCUGUACGUGUAAAAAUAAAUUGUAAAAAUCGCAUAGGGGCUGUUCGUCCUGACGAACUCAGAAGCUCUUGGCAGGUCGUGAAAUAGCAGCCAUAAAAAUGCAAAAGUAUCACAAUUCUUUUUAAAUUUGCAUGUUUGUUGCAUAAACAAAUAAAUAAAUAAAAAUUUGCUGUGUAUAAAGACAGUGUAAUGCUAUAAGUAUACGUAUUGGAUAAUCCUACUACAAUAAUUAAGAUAAAACACUGAAUAAUAACACCUGAUUAAUUUUUAUUAUUCACGUAAAAAGCUAUGCCGAUAAUUCCAUACGGCGCACAAUAUAUUUAAUAAUAAUAAAGAAGAGCCCUGCGCCGUUACGUGCAUUGAUAUUUUAAAAACGUGUCUGUGUCAAUAAUAAAAAUGGCAAAAUUUCAACGAAAAACUUUUCGCGCUGCUUGUCUACCACUACUCACUUGCAGCUGGAUAAAUGGUUCUGCAAUAGUUGAGUAUCCAAUUGGUCGUCAAAGAAUAGGUUUAAGUAACGUGAUUGCCUUUUUUAAUUUACUCCUUUACGGAAUAAUUAGCUACUGGAAUAUCUCUACGAAAAUUUCCGUGGUGUCAAAUGUCUUAAACAUGAGCAAAAUGGGCAAUCACAUCAUGGAUUUUAUAAGCACAGUAUUGUGUGUAUAUUCAGGAAUACUCAGCAUACGCCACAGAAAGGUAAACGGUGAAAUUUG